CAGAUCGCCAAGAAAAGCUUGAAUGCUUUGUUUAUGUCACUUUCUGAAGAUGAUUCCAAGGAGCCGGUGGAUUUCUCUCCAAUUUCAGAGGUCAAAUUGAAAUGGCAAGUCGCCGAAAAACCGAUGCUGGUAACAGAUCAAGAAGAUCUCUCAGAAUCAUCAUCAGAAACGUUGCUAUGCUCUGAUCGCUCUCGAUCUAAUUCGGUUAUCACCAUAGAAAAGGACCAAGGAUUCAAAGCAGUGGAUGAUGAUUCGAAGUUACAUUCCUUGGAGGCAGAGAUUCCAUUUCGUUUUCUCAGAAAAGCAAAAACUCAGCUUAAUUGUUUGCCUAACAUGGCUGCUAGAUCUAAAAGGCUUCUGGAUUAGUUGAUUGAGAUGGCUUUGGAGGACAUCCAUGGUGGCAUGCCUGAUGAAAGAAGCCGACUUGUUCAUCUCCUUGGAGCCAAAAAAACUCGCAUUACGUUUUGGUGCUUCUUACUCUGCGUGCUUGCAAUUUCGGCCAUCUUGUUGUUCAGCUCAGGAGACCAACGUUCUUUCGUCGGGCCCCUGCCAACUUGAAAAAGCACAAUAACUGUUUGACAAAAAAUUUCUGAGAUUCCUUUUUGUGCAUUUUUCCUCUGCAUCUGUGAAGAAGCUUAGUUUAGGUGUUCCAAUUGGGAAACCAAGGAAUUCUAAGACACUGUUACAUUUCAUUAGGCUGAGUGACUGAGAGAUCGAUACUUCUAAUAACAAAAAUGGGCAUUUAAUAUCCAUUGGAUGUUAGCAAAGCAAUUGAUUAUAUGUAUAAAAAGGCAAGAGAUCCAAGGUCUUCUCCUCCAUACACCUUCAUCAUUCACAUGCGAAUGCUUGGAGGAUUUACAUCUACAAAAUAAACAGAGUUGUCCUUUCUCUUCUGCUUUUCUCUGGUGUUUGCUUUUCUAACUCUGUGCUCAUUUGUGGGUUUUCCUUCUGUUAACAUAUUUCCAAGUUGCAGAUAUCUUCAUAAUAUCAAGCCCUUAAAUGUCAUAUCGGAACUUGUUUGAUGAGAAAAAAAAUAAAUAAAUCAACAUUUUAAGUAAUUGGCUGAGGAAGUGAAACAUUUCAACCUUUUUGUUUAGCAUCACAGCCUUCUAUUGCUUUGCCUUGACAUCCUAUAGCACUGUUUCUAAUCAUGGGUGUCUUCUUACCUCACGAACUACACUCUCCUGGCCUGGUAUUCCAAAUUUUGAUUAAUUUUCUAGUGUUUAGAAUCUGUUUUAGCAAAAAUGUUCCUUCCAUCUUUGUGUUUGGAGAUUCUUUGGUUGAUGUGGGAAACAACAACUACAUAUUAUCACUCGCCAAGGCUAAUUAUGAUCCAAAUGGAAUUGAUUUUGGAAAGCCAUCAGGAAGAUACACAAAUGGAAGAACAAUUGUUGAUAUUAUAGGUCAAGAAUUGGGUCUCAAAGAUUUUUUUCCUCCCUACUUGGCUCCCACAACUUCUGGACCAGUUGUUUUGCAGGGUGUCAACUAUGCUUCUGGUGGCAGUGGAAUUCUAAACUUCACUGGAAAAAUAUUUGGUGGUCGAAUAAACUUCGAUGCACAGAUAGACAAUUUUGCAGAUACAAGGCAAGAUAUCAUCUCUAGCAUUGGACUACCUGACACUGUGCAACUUUUUCAAACAGCUCUCUUCGCAAUAGCAAUUGGUUCGAACGAUUUCAUUGAUAGCUACUCUGCACCUGAAGUCUCGACUGCUGUGCAUAUGUUUGUCCCUCCCAAUGUAUUUGUAGCCACUCUGAUUUCAAAAUUCAGAAUACAACUUACAAGACUCUACAAUUUGGGUGCUAGGAGGAUUAUUGUUGCCAAUGUAGGACCUGUUGGAUGCAUACCAUUUGUGAGGGAUUUGAACCCAGAUGCAGGGGAUAACUGUGUUGAAUUCAUAAACGAUGCAAUCCAGCAGUUCAACAACCAAGUGAAGUGCCUCAUCAAUGAGCUUAGCACAACUCUUGAGGGAUCGACAUUUGUUUAUGCAGAUGUUUACAGUAUUGUGGAAGAUAUCCUCCAAAACUACGAAUCGUAUGGUUUUGACAGUGCAGAUUCUGCUUGUUGCCAUGUUGCUGGGAGAUUUGGAGGUCUAAUUCCAUGUGGACCAACUUCUAUGGUUUGCUCGGACAGAUCGAAAUAUGUUUUCUGGGAUCCAUUCCAUCCUACUGAAGCUGCUAAUACUAUCAUAGCAAGGCGUAUUCUAAAUGGUGACGCUAAUGAUAUUUCACCAAUAAACGUUCAGAAACUUAUACAAAUUUGAUCCAUUAUUUGGAUGGUUCAUUUCAUUUUGCUUGUUUAAAUAUCAAAAGAACAGUCCCGAGAAAGUAUUAGGCAAAACUAUCUCUUCAUGAACAAUCUUGUUUGAAAUAUUCAAAAACAUGGUUUUUGUGUACCACAUUACUUAAUACAGACAAGAACAAUAAAUACAAAGCUUUGCCCAAGUUUGACUGAA